UCAGAUGAAUUAAAGAAACUACAGCAUGUCAUCCCUCAGAAUAUUAAGGAUCUUCAUGAAAUACAAUUACUACAAUGGAGAGAAGAAGAUGAGGUUUACAGUGAAAGUCACACUUUCCAGGAAAUGCUAAACAAAGUCCGGGGACAACCUUAUAUGACAUUUGUUGGAGUCCCAGGAUCCGGGAAAUCAGCAACGAUUCAUCACAUAGCCCUGAUACUCCAGGAGAAAGGUUACGAAAUUGUACCAAUAAUUGAUAUUAGGAAAAUUGAAGAUUAUUUUGAUUCAAAUAAUCCUCAGGUAUUUGUUAUCGAUGAUGUGGUAGGUGUGUUGGGUCUUCAAAAACAAAAGUUGGAGACUUUAGUUGACUAUGAAAAAAUUAUUUCAGAUCCUUCCAGACACACAAAGGUACUGAUGUCAUGCAGAGAAGUAGUGUUUAAUGAAUGUUACAAGUCAUUUUUCUCAAAUAAGGAAAAUGUAAUCAAAAUGUUAAGUUCAGAAAAUGCAUUGAAUGAUGAUGACAAAAAAGCCAUUCUUCAGAAGCACGGCUUGGAUAAAGAUUUAUUGUCCCCUACAUUACUGAGAGAAGCAUCGGCGAUGUUUCCUCUAUUGUGUAAACUCUACUCAAAAGAGGAGAAAUUUAGAAACGAUGUUGAAAGAUUUUUUACCUGUCCAGCUGGAUACAUUUUAGAGGAAUUCGAUAAAAUGAAGGAACAAAAUAGAUUACAAUAUGCUACGUUGAUAUUAUGCCUGUUAAAUGACAAUAAAUUAUCAACAGAAAUAUUAAAAGACACAGGGAAUAAGGUUUUCUGUGAAAUUAAAUCAAAAGCAUUAGAAAAUUGUAAAGUUAAGAGUAAUACCGACGCUUUUGAAUUUGUUGAUGCAUUGUCAGUAAUGGAGGGGACAUACACAAAACUCUGUGGUUCUGAGUAUACCUUUAUUCAUGACUCCAUGUUUGAAAUCAUUGCCCAUCAUUUCGGCUCUCAGUUCCCAAAUAUCAUGUUACAAUUUAUGAGUAGCAGUUAUAUUGCUAACUAUGUAAAACUUCAAAAAGAUGAAAUGCUUAAAUUAGAGAAUGAAAAUAAGCAUGUGAGGGAAACUAUUGUAGUCAAUAGUGGGGGUAAAAAUGAAAUAAACACUGCUUGUGACAGUUUAAGAAACGGGAAGAAAGAGGCUUUGAGUGCUGAAAAUAGUGAUAGAAUGGAGUCAUUUGAUCUCUGUAUAAGGAUAGGGGAGGAUCAGUACUCUAUGUUAGCAGAGCGUUUGUACAGGGAUAUAGAAAAUAUGGAGCUGUAUGAUGUUUUUAUGAACAAUAUUUUGAAACACCCAAAUGUUUGUCAGGCUUUUAUUGAGGUGUUAAAGACAAAGUCCUACAUAGAAUUAAAGUCUUUAUUUCUGUCAGUACAGAAAGAUGUGUCGAAGGUAGUGAGUAAAGGAGAGCGUGUGAGGGAGGAGAGUGUGGAGAGGAGCAGGGAGUGGGACAGACAAGAGGUGUUGGUGAAUGAGGAGUAUGAUGGUAAAGAAAAAACAUACUGUGUGAGGGUUAUCAGUUGGGUGGUUUACUACGGACACAAUCAGAUCCUACAAUAUAUUUUAAAACAAACUGAAUUACACAAAGAGACGCAGACUGAACUUUUUUUGAAUUUUUUUAAUCAGGAUUUCAUUUAUUCAACAAAAGAUGGGGAAAAGAACAUUGAAGCAAACAAUAAAGUGGAUAAAUUACGGUCAUUUACAUACCUGGACAUUGAUGGGUCUAUUUCUGAACAGCAGCGCUUACUUCUGCUGAGUUGUUACAAUGGGACAGUAGAAACUGUGAGAAUAUUUAUUAAAUAUCUAAAAAGAAAUACAAUUUACACGACCUAUCCAGAUAUAGAUUUAAAGUUUGUGUUAGGUGACACAGCACUUCAAGCUGCUUGUAUUGAUGGACUUCUGAGUGUAGUGAAAGAGCUGAUAGAGGCAGGGGCUGAUCUUAAUUCAGAAAGUAAAUUUGAAUUUGAUACUCCACUGACAGCAGCAUGUAAAGGUGGAUAUAUGAAUAUUGUGAAGGAGUUGCUCGGAGCAGGGGCUGAUAUUAAUCAUCAAGGUUUUUCUAGUACACCACUGACAGCAGCAUGUAAGAAUGGAUAUAUACGUUUAGUGAAGGAGCUGGUGAGGACAGGGGCUGAUGUUAACAUUCAAAGUCGUUGUAUUGAAGAUACACCAAUGACAGCAGCAUGUAAGGGUGGAUAUAUAAAUAUAGUGAAGGAACUGGUAAAGGCAGGGGCUGGUGUCAAUUUUAAAAGUACUCAUGUUAGUGAUACUCCACUGAGAUCAGCAUGUAAGGGUGGAUAUAUAAAUAUAGUGGAGGAACUGGUAAGGGUAGGGGCUGAUGUCAAUCUACAAGGUAAGUAUGAUACACCACUUACAGCAGCGGUUAAAUAUGGACAUAUUAGUAUAGUGAAGAAUUUACUCCAAAAAGGGGUUAAUGUUAAUCAAUGUGUUGUCAACUACUCUACAGGGGUUUCUGAUACACCGCUGACAGUAGCAUGCAAUGGUGGAUAUAAAACUAUAGUGAAGGAGUUGCUCGGGGCAGGGGCUGAUGUAAAUCAACAAGAUGCUGAUGAUACACCACUAUCAGCAGCGAUUAAGGGGGGAUGUAUGAGUGUUGUGAAACAGCUGCUCAAGGCAGGGGCUGGUGUCAAUCUGCGAGGUAAAUCUAAUAAUUCACCACUGAUAUUUGCGUGUAAUGAUGGUAAUAUGAAUGUAGUGAAGAAGUUGCUUGAAUCAGGGGCUGAUGUUAAUCUAAUAGGAAGGGAUUGUACAGCACUGACGGCUGCAUGUUGGGGUGGACAUAUAAAUUUGGUGAAAAAACUCUUGGAGGCAGGGUCUUAUGUCAAUCCACAAAAUACAAAAGCAAUGCCUCUAAAUGCAGCAAUUGAGGGUGGAAAUAUGAGUAUAGUGAAGGACUUGCUAAGAGCGGGAGCUGAUGUCAAUCCACAAGAUACGUAUGAUUAUACACCACUGACAACAGCAUGUAGAAUUGGACAAAGCAGUUUUGUAAAGGAGUUGCUAGAUGCAGGGGCUGACGUUAAUCUAGUAAGUAAACAUGAAACACCACUGAUAGCAGCAUGUUUUGGUGGAAAUUUGAGUAUUGUUAUGGAGCUGUUAAAGGCUGGAGCUGAUGCCAAUUUACAAGUUAGCGCAUAUACAUCACUGACAGCAGCAUGUUGCAGUGGACAUGAAAAUGUAGUAGAAGAGCUGCUAAAAGCAGGGGCUGAUGUCAAUUUACACGGUAAAUAUUAUGAACUAAUGAAAAGGACAGUAUGCAGUGAUGGAACGAUGUCGGGGGUGUCCUGUUUUGAAGUUUUUACACCACUGACACUAGCAUGUGAUAGUGGAUAUCUGAAUGUAGUUAAAACGCUUCUUAAGGCAAGAGCUGAUAUUAAUCCUUUCGGUGAAUAUUUAACACCGUUAACAGCAGCAAUUAAGAGUGAACAUUUUAGUGUAGUGAAGGAGUUGCUUAAGGCAGGAGCUGAUGUCAGUCUACAAGAUGAGAUUGAUACACCACUGACUGCAGCAUGCCGUCAUGGACAUGUGAGUGUAGUUAAAGAGUUACUACAGAAAGGGGCUGAUGUCAAUCUACAAGGUAAAUAUGCUACACCUCUAACAGCAGCAUGUAUAAAGGGACAUACAAAUAUCGUUAUAGAGCUGCUGAAGGCAGGGGCUGAUGUCAAUCUUCAAGAAAAAUAUUAUACACCACUGACAGCAGCAUGUAAGAAUGGAUUUAUGAAUAUCGCCAAAAAGCUCCUAGAGGCAGGGAGUGAUGUCAAUAUCCAGGAUAAGGGAGGAAAUACCCCUCUCAAUAACGCGUUGAUAUGCAUUAAUAAAACUUACAUUCCUGUUAUAAUACAAAUGUUUAAUUAUUAUGGUGCAGACUUAACUAUUAAUAAUAACAUAGGUAUAUCAGCAUUCUAUAUUGCUUUAAUUAGAAAGAAAAUUGGUUCUGUCAAACAAUUAUUAGGAACCAAGAAUGAAAGUCAGUUAGACAGACUGAAGUUACAUUUGUUCGAGUGUUUGGUAAGCAUAAGAAACAGUGAUGUGAUGACUGAUAGUAAGGAUGACGUGGUGGUGACACGGAGACAAGUGUGGCGUAUGAAGAAAUGGGGAGAUUUAUAUGAGGCAAUCAUAGGAAGUGAUUGUAAGGGUUUAAAGCAUCUUGUAUAUUUGGGUCUGGAUGUCAAUCAGUGGAUAGAGCUGUAUGAUAGUAAUGAGUCUGACGUAAGACCUCUGCUGUUUACACUGAUUGAUGAGUAUGAUUUUGACAAAAGAUUGGUGGAUAAGGUAAGGUUCCUCCUGGAGGCGGGGUUGGAUGUCAAUGUCAGGGUGAGGUACAGAGAGUAUGAUUCUGUGUUAGACAGAGAGGGGGUGUCUGUUCUAGAGAGGAUACGACGACUGGUGAGAAAGUUUAGAAAGGAUAAGAGGAAAAGAGAAGUGUUUAAGUACACAAGAGUGAUCAAGGAGUUGAAGAAACAUGUAAGGCGAUACUCUGUGUAGAAAAUUUACAAAACUCCAUAUACUUCUAGUAUAAAGUCUUAAUUACUAUGAACGUACACAUUACCCUAACCCUAAUGUAAAACUCUGAAGGGUAUAUUUUUGAUAGGAUUCAAAUAACAUAUAUCGGUGUAUAAAACUGAGAACUAUAUACUACGACGUAAUUGGGCUAAAAUAAUAUAUUCUGUUGAUUCAUGCUAUUUGAUUA